AUAGGCAUGUAUAUCAAAAAUAUUGUUUUGGAUGGCUUUAAAUCAUAUGCUCAGCGAACAGAAGUCAAUGGGUUUGAUCCUUUGUUCAAUGCAAUAACUGGGCUUAAUGGUAGUGGAAAAUCGAAUAUUUUAGAUAGCAUUUGUUUUUUACUUGGAAUCACUAAUUUGACACAUGUACGUGCUACAAACUUACAAGAUUUAAUUUACAAAAGUGGGCAAGCUGGGGUUAGUAAAGCGACUGUCACUGUAACUUUUGACAACAAAGAUAAAGAUCAAAGUCCAGUUGGUUAUGAGGCAUUUGAUGAGAUAACAAUUUCUAGACAGAUAGUACUUGGUGGAAGAAAUAAAUAUCUUAUUAAUGGAUCUAAUGCUCACAAUGCUAGAGUUCAAGAUUUGUUUCGUUCUGUGCAAUUGAAUAUUAAUAAUCCACAUUUUUUGAUUAUGCAGGGACGAAUUACAAAAGUUUUAAACAUGAAACCACCAGAGAUAUUAUCUAUGCUUGAAGAAGCAGCUGGAACUCGGUUAUAUGAGACUAAAAAACAGCAGGCUUACAAAACAAUAGAAAAGAAGCAAAAUAAAUUGCAAGAACUUGAUGCUAUUUUAACAGACGAGAUCAUGCCUACUAUCAAGAAAUUAAAAGAGGAACGUUCAUCUUAUUUGAUGUAUCAAAAAGUGAUGCGUGACAUUGAGCAUCUUUCUCGCUUGUGUAUUGCUUAUGAGUUUGUACGUGCAUUGGAAAUCAAAUCGAAAUCAUCUUCUGAAUUGGAAACUAUGGAUGCAUCAAUUGAAAAACUUAAAAAUCGAAAUUUAGAGAUUGAUGUGGAAAUAAAGCGUAUUGAUAAAGAGGUUUCUCAGUUGCAGAUGAAAAAAGAUGCAGACUCAGGAAAUCUGUUAAAAGAGCUUGAAAAGAAAUUGGAUGAAGUUUCCAAGAUAGAAGUUAAGGCUUCCUCUGAUGUAAAACAUGCUAAAGACUCAUUAAAUUCUGAAGUAAAGAAAGUAAAGCAAAAUGAAAAAAGCAUAUCUGAGAAUGAGGCUCAGUUGGCUACUAAAGAGAAAAUGGUUGCUGAUCUUCGAGUUGCACUUACUAAAUUAGAACAAAAUACUAUAAAUGAUAUGACUGCUGUUACAGAAGCUCAAAAUCACUUCCAUGCAGUUUCUGCUGGUUUAUCAAGUAACAAAGAUGGUGAAGACAAAACACUUACUGAUCAAUUAAUGGAUUGCAAGAACAUAAUUAGCAAAUCUGAAACAGAAGUGAAACAAGCACAAAUUAAAUUAAAACAUGAAGAAAGUGAACUCAAAAGUAAGAGUGUUGUUUUGAACACUACGGCAAAAGACUACGAAAGAGACAAAUCAUUAUAUGAUUCACUUAACUCAGAGAUAGAUAAGUUAAAGAUUCAAUUGAACAAGUUAAACUAUAAAGAAGGUCAGGAUGAAAGUUUACUUCAAAAAAGACGCCAUUUACAAAGUGAAGUUUUAAAAUAUCAAAAUGUUGUUGAAACUUUAGAGAGCAGAUUUCCACAUUUACAAUUUCAAUACUCUGAUCCGCAACCAAAUUUUGACAAAUUUAAGGUCAAAGGUCUAGUUUGCAAUUUAAUCAAAGUAAAAGAUAUAAAUUAUGCUACAAGUUUGCAAGUUUCAGCUGGAAACAAGUUGUACAAUGUUGUGGUUGAUACAGAAAAAACUGGAAAGUUACUACUUGAAAAUGGUCAGUUGCAAAGAAAAGUUACUUUGAUUCCAUUAAAUAACAUUUCUUCACGCUCAAUCAAUGAUGAUAUAGUAAAUAAAGCAAAAUCAAUAGUUGGCAAAGAAAACGUUUAUACAGCUUUAUCAUUGGUUGGUUAUGCAGAUAAAGUUGAAGCUGCAAUGAAAUUUGUGUUUGGUUCCUCAUUUGUAGCAAAAACUUUAGAUCAAGCUAAAAAGGUUGCUUUUGAUCCUCAAAUAAAAAUAAAGACUGUUACAAUGGAUGGUGAUGUUUUUGAUCCAGCUGGCACAUUAACAGGCGGAGCUCGACUAAACCAAACCUCAAUACUUGAAAAACUUCAAGAACUUCAUGAUUCUAUGAAUAUAUUGAAUACAUUAAAUAAUGAUUUGUCGUCGGUUGAAAAAGAAAUUAAUUUGACAAAAGAUAUUGCUAAUAAGUACAAUCAGCUUUCAACUCAGUUAGAUAUUAAGUCACGAGAGAUUGAACUUGCGCAAGAUCGAAUGAAACAAAGUACUCACCAUUUCAAAGUUGAAGAGCUCAAGACCCAUGAGAAAGCUAUAGUUGAUCUUAAAGAAGCUGUUAAAAUAGCAAAUGAAGCAAAACUAGUUGCUCAAAAAAAAGUGAAAGAUCUUGAAAUUAAAAUGAUGGAAAAGUCAUCUCAUCGAGAUUUAGAACUUAAAAAUGCAGAAAAUCUACUUACAACUGCAAAGCGAAACGCUGAAGCCUCGAGCAAAAUCUUCAAAGCAAAACAACAGGAAAUGGAAGAGUUAGUUUUAGAAAUUGAGUCUCUGAAGGAUGAAACAAAAAUACUUUUAGACCAGACUUCUGAAUUAAAAAAAAAUCUUAUAAAGUUAGAAGAUGAGAUUGUCAAAUUAUCAGAAAUAUCCAAAUCCAAGAUGGCUGCUGUAAAAAAUGCGGAAGACAUGCUACAUAAUCAAAAGGAGGUUUUAAAACAUUGCAAUGAGAACAUAACAAAUUUAUCAAAAGAGAAAAAUCAAAUAGUAAAAGAAUCUUCUAAUAACGCUUUGUUACUGAAAGAUUUGACGCACAGAAUAAGUAAAAUUAACAAAGAAACUCAAGAUGCUACUAAUAAGGUUGAACAUAUGCUUAACAAAUAUGAUUGGAUUAAAACUGAAAAAAACUAUUUUGGCCAAGUAAACACUGCAUAUGAUUUCAAUAAUAAUGAUCCGAAAGAAGCUGCAAAAAAAAUGGCUCGUUUAGAAGAAACUAAAGAAAAACUUGGUAAAACUGUAAACAUGAGAGCAAUGAAUAUGUUAGGAAAGGCUGAAGAAAAGUAUAAUGAUCUAAUGAAAAAUAAAAGAAUGGUGGAAACAGAUAAAUUGAAAAUUGAAGAUCUUAUUAAGGAGUUAGAUGAGCAAAAAAAUCAAAAACUGAGAGAGGCAUGGAUUCAAGUCAACAAGGAUUUUGGAAGUAUUUUCUCUACACUUCUACCAGGUGCCAACGCAAAGUUGUCGCCGCCCGAAGGUCUUGGCGUGUUAGACGGUCUUGAAGUUAAAGUAUGUUUUGGCAACGUCUGGAAAGAAAGUCUAACCGAACUUAGUGGCGGCCAAAGGUCAUUAGUUGCACUCUCGUUAAUUUUAUCAAUGUUGUUAUUCAAACCGGCGCCAAUUUAUAUCCUCGACGAAGUCGAUGCAGCUCUUGACCUAUCACAUACUCAAAAUAUUGGUCAAAUGUUGCGUGCACAUUUUCGCCAUUCGCAGUUCAUAGUGGUAUCGUUAAAAGAUGGUAUGUUUAGCAACGCAAACGUUUUGUUCAAGACAAAAUUUGUUGACGGUGUGUCAACUGUUACCCGAUUUGUUCAAAACCAAUCGCAAAAAGCAGUUUUACGUCAUUAAAAUUGCCUCGUUAAUUUUAUUAACUGUUACACAGUUCGACGAAUUGAAAAGAUAAAAUAAACAAAACUAAUCCCAGCAUGUUCGCUGUUAUCUGUUUUUAAUCGUAAAAAGCAGUUUUACGUCAUUAAAAAUGCUUUGUUAGUUUUAUUAACUAGAUUUUUCUAUCGAAAUAUUUAUGGUUGUUUUAUCUGAUACAUAGAUUUAUUUAAUAAUAAUUUGUAAUUAGUUUUAA